AGACAUCCCAGUUGUCAAUUGGUCAAAGCAGUUUGAGUUAAUAACAUUGUGCACCGCGGCAAUGUCCUGACUUUAUCAACACAGGACAAAAGCCAGAAAACCUGCAAAAAGGCACACUUGGACACGGGAAGACUCCUCAAACUCUACACACUGUGCCGGGGACAGCAUUCAAAGCCAAGACUCUGGAAUUACCUGCCAGCUACGCUAAGCACAGCACCACCCAUUAAGGUACAGAAUGCCUGGGACAGCGAGACAUGAUCGAGAAAUGGCCAUGUCAGCCAAGAAACAGCUUGUGAGUUGCACAGAUCCCAUUGAUAAACUUCGGCUUCAGUGCUUAGCUAGAGGAUCAUCAGGCAUUAAAGGUCUUGGCAGGGUAUUCAAGAUUAUGGAUGAUGAUAACAGCAGAACCCUUGAUUUUAAAGAGUUUAUGAAAGGGUUACAUGAUUAUGGAGUAUUAAUCGAAAAGGAAGAGGCCCAGGAUCUUUUUCAAAGAUUUGACAAAGAUGGAAAUGGAACAAUCGACUUUGAUGAAUUCCUCGUAACAUUACGGCCUCCCAUGUCCAAUGCAAGAAAAGAGGUCAUCAUACAAGCAUUUCGAAAACUGGAUAAGACUGGAGAUGGACUCAUAACAGUCGAAGAUCUGAGAGGAGUUUAUAAUGCAAAGCAUCACCCUAAAUAUCAAAAUGGAGAGUGGACAGAAGAUCAGGUUUUUAGGUCUUUCCUUGAUAAUUUUGAUUCUCCAUAUGACAAAGAUGGACAGGUCACUAAAGAUGAAUUUAUGAACUACUAUGCAGGAGUGAGCGCUUCCAUAGAUUCUGACGUCUACUUUGUCAUCAUGAUGAAAAAUGCCUGGAAAUUAGAUUAACCAACCUUAUAUAGUUUAGGGUUACAAAAGAUGAAUUUUAUAACUAUUAUGCUGGAGUCAGUGCCUCUAUUGACAGUGAUGUCUAUUUCAUUUUAAUGAUGAAGAAU